AAAAACGGGGAAAAAGAUAAAAAUACAGUGACUCCAUUGUUCCCACGGGUCACAACAUGACAAAACUGAGCGAGCAGAGGAAGAUCGCGUAAAGAGACGAAAUCCAGGAAAGCGUGUCAGUGAUACUGGUACGACGUUCUUCUUUUUGCGCCCUCGGCUCUCGGCGCUUUCUCCUGUUUCCAUUUUCCCCUUUCACAGUCAAAAAGGUCCCGUUGAUCUUUCUAAAUUAUUUACUUUCACCCCCCAGCUGUUUAUGUACUGUGUUGAGUUGUCCUGUGCUGUGCUUUGCUCUUCUUCUUGCUCUUCGUCUUCUUAUCUCAGUGUGAAUUUGGGUUCUUCCAAUAUAAGAGAAGGAUAAGAAAAUGUACCCACGAAUGAUUCAGACCCACCUCGAAGGUGGUUUAGUUGCUCAGGAAGACAUCCCAAUUCAGGGUGGUGGUGGUCGGGGAGACCCAUGUCUUGUCUUGACUUCCGAUCCCAAACCUCGCCUCCGUUGGACUGCUGACCUUCACGAACGUUUCGUUGACGCCGUCACUCAGCUUGGUGGUGCCUCCAAAGCUACUCCAAAGGCCAUCAUGCGGACAAUGAAUGUGAAGGGAUUGACUCUGUUCCAUUUAAAGAGUCAUCUCCAGAAAUAUAGGCUGGGUAAGCAAUCAGGGAAGGAUAUGUGUGAGGCAUCCAUAGAUGGGAUGUCAGCUUCAUGCCUUUUAGAAAGCCCUAGUACUGGUAAAUCAUCUCCGAACUUGCCAACUUCUGAUCAUGAUGGUUAUGAAGUCAACGAGGCAUUGAGAGCACACAUGGAAGUGCAAAGUAAAUUACAUCUCCAGGUCGAGGCUGAGAAGCACUUGCAGAUCCGACAGGAUGCAGAACGUAGAUAUAUGGCCAUGCUUGAAACAGCUUGUAAAAUGCUUGCUGAUCAAUUUAUUGGUGGUGCAGUUAUCAACACAGAAGGCCAGAAAUGUCAGGGAUUUGUGAAUAAGACACCAAGAAAUUCUUCUCUUGACCAUCUUGGCUUCUACUCGUUACAGUCCCCUCGCGUGGCCGGAGUGCAUGGCUCGGAAGAAGAAGUUCCGCCUAGCCUGCAUCCCCAAAGGGCUGACUGUUCCACUGAAAGCUGCCUAACAUCACAUGAGAGUCCAGGAGGAUUGACUCUGGAAGGAUCUCCAGGUGGAGGGCAGAAAAGGAUGCUAGGCUUGGACUCAACUACUGCAUCUUUGAUUUGGGGUGAAGGCAAGAUGAAAUCCCAAGACAUCAAUGUGGCGCAAGUUAACCCUCGUUCAAUCACUGGAUAUGGGAUUUAGCGAAGAAGAUUCUGUUCAAUUGUUCAUCUUGUUAUGGAGUGAUUUUCUUCUUCUCACUCCUGGCCCUACAAUAAUCAUUAGUGGAAUACAGUUGUAAAGUUCCAUCUGUUCCUGUCCAUAACGUUGGCAGCUACACUGGUAAAAACAGCCAGCCUAAACUGUAAAUUCAGAACACCAGGGCCUUUGAUAUUUGGAGACUAUUUGUAUUUACAUCUGAUUAUGUGUAACUUCCGAAUUAUUAUUAUAUGCAGACAAAUCGUUAUGGUGCUCCUAA